UUGUAGGGACACAAAUGCUGACUUUACUGAUUGCGUUGAGUACGCUAGUUAUAGAGCCAGUCAGUCAGUCGCUUGUAACGCCGAACCGUAGGCGCACGUAGGAAAUAUAUCUACUGUGUUUCACGUAUUACCAUCUUAUUCAUUUAAUCCCAAAUCAUUGACCCUGAACUUAAUAUAUAGCAGUGAUAAGUGGUGUAGUGUAUAGGUACACAAAGACAUUAUACACAGACAAACCUACAUUGGCGACCCCGACUAUAUCAGUGGACUGGGAUUAAAUUAGUAUCGUUCGUGUGUUGUCGUCGCGGAACGUAGAGACUCGCAAAAUGAACCCCGUGCAUCCAGUAUCCGUUCCUGCGCAGCCGCCUAGUGCUGUGAAAACUGAGGUCAGCAGCGGAGAAGAGAACUUAGCUUCAGUGACGGUAUCGUCGAGAAUUCCUGAGUUUUGGGUAGACAAACCACGCCUCUGGUUCGUGCAGUUCGAGGCCACGGUGUUUUCGCAAAAACUCAGCGAUGCAGCAAAACAGAAUUUGGUCGUAACAAAAUUGAGCAAGAACGCUAUUGAACAAGUUAGUGAUCUGUUGCUGAACCCACCAGCCGACAAUAAGUAUACUAGCUUAAAGGACCGGCUACUGCAGGUGUUCGAAGAAAGCGAAGCCAGACAAUUUCAAAAGUUGUUGGGAGAAAUGGAGCUAGGUAGCCAAAAGCCGUCUCAAUUAUUAAGGCGCAUGAGGGACCUAGCCCGUAAGAAAAUUCCCGAUGAAACGCUCAAAAUUAUGUGGUCAGGGCAUCUGCCAGCGUCGGUGCGAGCAGUUUUAGCUGUUACCGAGGUCAGUGAUCUGGAAAACUUGGCUAUCGUGGCUGACAAAAUAAUGGAAACUACGCGGCCGAUCGACGUGGCUGAGGUAGCCAGCACCAGCUCCACGUGGCAAUCGGACGUCGUUUCUCAGAUUGCUACGCUUACUCAAGAAAUAAGGAACAUGAGCUGGAGGAGCAGGGAGUCGCAGCGAGGUAGACAACAAGCACGUACCCAAUCUCAAAAUCGUGGCAGGAGCAAGUCAAGGGAGAGCCGAAGCCGUAAUAACCCGGAUUGGUUAUGUUUCUACCACUUCAGAUAUGGAAAAAAGGCUGCGAAGUGCAUCGAUCCAUGCAAUUGGGAAAAGAAGAGUAAGUCGGAAAACUAAAGUUGGUGCAGUCGGCGGCGGACGGCUACACCAACUUCGAGAAUCACCGUCUAUGCGUAACCGACCGUAAAAGUGGUUACAAUUUCUUGGUGGACACCGGAGCGAAUAUAUCGGUAAUACAAAAGAGGUCUGUGAGGGUGAGUCAAUGUGAUAAAAUUAACAGUAAUUAUAAACUCUAUGCGGCAAAUGGUACAUUAAUUGAAACUUAUGGUACGUGUACUUUGACCCUAGAUUUUUUGUUGAGACGUCCCUACCGAUGGACAUUUGUUGUUGCGGAUGUCAGCCAACCAAUAUUAGGUGCCGAUUUCCUUAAGUAUCAUAAACUCAUUGUAGAUCUAAAUAGGCGUAAGUUAAUUGAUUUAGUAACUAAUCUUAAUGCGGUAGCCUCUGUAAUAAUUAGUGAUAGUUCAACUGCGAUUCAAACGUUAGACAAUAGUAACUCUUGGCAUGAAUUACUGCGUAGUUACCCUAACAUAACUAAACCUGUAUGCUAUAAUGAACCGCCUAAACAUAAUGUGUUACACUACAUAGAGACCACGGGUGCCCCAGUAUACGCUAAGGCGAGACCGUUGCCACCCGAUAGAUACGCGAGAGUAAAAGAAGAGUUUAAGGUUAUGAUUGAACUUGGUAUUUGUAGGCCAUCGAAGAGUGCGUGGGCUAGCCCCUUACACGUAGUACCAAAAAAAAUGGCGAUAUUCGGCCUUGCGGGGACUACCGGCGCCUUAACGCAAUUACCAAGCCCGAUCGUUACCCCAUACCACCCUUGAAAGAUUUUACAUAUUUAAUAGCAGGUAAGAAAGUAUUCGCCAGGUUAGAUCUUAAUAGAGCAUUUCAUUUUAUACCUGUGGCACCCGAGGAUAUUGAGAAAACAGCCAUCAUAACACCUUUUGGACUGUUUGAGUUUCCGCGUAUGACCUUCGGGUUGAGAAACGCAGCUCAAACAUUCCAAAGAUUUAUGGAUUCGGUAGUGCUUAAUGGUCUCGACUUUGUAUAUUGUUUUGUAGAUGAUUUAAUUAUAAUGGCAAAUGACGCAGAAUCCUUAAAAGAACACUUGAAGGUUAUUUUCUCUAGAUUUAAUGAUUACGGUAUAACGAUUAAUGUUAGUAAAUGUGUAUUCGGCGUAGAUAAAUUAGAUUUCCUAGGGUAUGAAGUGUCGGAACAAGGAAUUCGACCUCUCGGUGAGAAAGUCCAGGCAAUACAAGAUUUCCCGAAACCGGAGAAUGUGGAACAGCUGCGACGAUUCCUAGGUAUGGUCAAUUUCUAUAGAUCACAUUUACCUAAUGCUAUUUCGUAUCAAUCUGUGUUAAAUAAGUAUUUGCACAACACUAAGAAGAAGGACAAGACGAAGAUCGUAUGGUCAGAGGAAGCAAACUUAGCUUUUGAACAGUGUAAACGUAGCCUACAGGAAGCUGUUACAUUGUUCCACCCUCUAAGAGAAGCCCCUUUAGCCUUGAUGACAGACGCGUCCAAUAUUGGUGUAGGCGCGGUUCUGCAGCAAAAGGUAAGUAACAUGUGGAAACCCUUAGGCUAUUUUUCAAAAAAAUUGACAGAGACCCAGAUGAGAUAUAGCACUUAUGACAGAGAAUUGUUGGCUAUAUUUAUGGCAAUGAAACAUUUCAGGAACAUGUAUGAAGGUAGGCCUCUGACAAUUUUUACGGACCAUAAGCCAUUAAUUUAUGCAUUCACUAAAAGUAACAGUAGUAGCGAUAGUCCUAGGCGAGUUAGGCAGUUAGCUUUCAUAAGCGAAUUUACAACGGAUAUUCGUCAUAUUUCAGGCGAAGAGAAUGUCGUUAGUGAUACAUUGUCGCGCGUAGAAACAAUAACAUGUCCCACGACGCUCGAUUACCAGGAAUUAGCAUUGCGUCAGCUAGACGACGGCUACAUUGCACAGGCUACACAGGAAAAAGGUGUCAGCAGUUUGCGUUUUAAACAGAUUCGAUUACCAUUCUCUGAAAACCCUGUGUAUUGUGAAAUUUCUACCAAUAAUGCUAGACCUUAUCUACCAGAGCAAUUCCGGCGUGUAGCGUUUGAUUCUAUUCAUCGAUUAAGCCACCCCGGAAUACGUGUUAGUAGGAAAAUGAUGUCACAAAGAUUUUUUUGGCCUAAUAUGAACAAAGAGGUAGGCGCUUGGACCAAAUCAUGUAUUCAGUGUCAGCGUGUUAAAGUUAAUAGGCACAAUAAAUCACAAUUAGGCGUAUUUCCUAGAGUAAACCGGUUUGAGCAUGUGCAUAUAGACAUUGUAGGACCUCUACCUAUAACUGCAGAUGGAUACAGGUAUUGUAUAACUAUGAUAGACCGUUUCACCGGAUGGCCAGAGGCAUUCCCAUCCCGCGAUAUCUCAGCGGAAACUGUAGCUGAAAUACUGUUCAAUGGAUGGAUAGCUCGUUUCGGUUGUCCUGUUAAGCUUACGAGCGACCAGGGCAGGCAGUUUGAGAGCAGCUUAUUUUGCCAACUAAUGAAAUACUUAGGGAUCGACAAAAUCAGAACAACACCGUACCAUCCGGAAAGUAACGGCAUGAUAGAACGCUGGCAUAGAGCACUUAAAGUGGCUCUUAUGGCACGUCUGAAUUGCAACACAUCUUCGGUCCAGGAGCUCCCUGCACCUUUACUAGGUUUACGAGCAGCGAUACGCAGCGAUACCGGAGUAAGUGCAGCUGAACUAACGUACGGGAGAAAUAUCAGGUUGCCCGGCGACUUCUAUGACGAGGUAAGUACAAAAAUGUCAGAUAGUGAAUAUAUAGAUAGGCUUAGGAAUAUAAUAGGUAGUUUACGACCAAAGCCUACUUCUCACCGUACGUCGAAGUCCUUGUUUAUUCACCCCGAUCUAGAUAAGUGUCAGAUGGUGUUUGUACGUAACGAUACGGUGCGGCGUUCCCUACAACCACCAUAUGACGGACCUUAUCCAGUUGUAGAGCGUAAAGGUAAAGUUUAUGUUAUUAAAAUAGGAGAUAGAAUAAGUCACAUUUCGUUAGAUAGGUUAAAACCUGCUUAUGUAUUGAACAAUGACCCUAUACAGGAGGAUGAUGCAAUCCCCAAACGCACGACUAGUGGUAGAAUUGUAAAAAAACCAAUUAGAUUUAAUUCAUAGUAACAAUGUAAAAUCAUGUUUACCUUUUAUAUUCAAGCCAAUAAUCAUUAUUGCACUUAUGUAUGUUGAAAUAUUUGUAACUAGGUUAAAAAAAUAACUGUAUGGUGACUAAACAUUUUUAAUUAUACGCAACGUAGCCUUAAGUUUAUUUAAAUUGAUGUUUAAUUUACCGUUGUGGCGAAAAUAAUUUCUUUUUAACAUUCAUCACCAUCGUGAAUACACGUAUAAUAUAUACCAAUAUUUAUCCUUCAGUGAGCAAAAUGGGCAGUACCCAAAGUAAUACUAAAGAAAGUCAACAUGUUAGUAACGAAACAGUGAUUAACAAUGUGUUAAACGAUAAGAUCCAUACCUUCACAUGGAUAAUGUUGGCGUUCGUAAUUUUAUCAGCGACCCUCUGUCUAUAUGUGAUAUGGAAACGUUGUUCGAAAGGUGCAAGGAAAUGGGUCCAGAAAGAAAUUGUUACUGUAGCUGGAGUUGUACCAACGGUUAAAGUGCAUGCGAUGCCUCAACAGCAGCAAGCACCUAAUACCGUGGGGUACGCCUAAAUGUAAAGGUAUUCUAUUUAAGAAUGAUGUUAUCAUAAAAUAAACAAAUAACUUCCUUUCAUUAUUGUUUUUAAAAAUUUAUUGUAAUAAUGUAUUAGAUUGAAUAGUUAUAAUUAAUAGUAAGUACAUUUUAUUUUGCUAACAGUGUUGUUAUUGUAACGUGACGUCCACGGCGACCGGCGAGACUGCUGACUGGCAAAUUGUAUCACUUACACUCGAUAACAGUACUCUUUGUAGAUUGCUUAAGUUUCCAAGGUUAUAACUUUAAUAAAUGCAAUGAUUUCAAAUAGUAUUUGGAAGUUCUUGAUAAAAUUUUUUUUUGGCAGGGGAGUACUGUAGGGACACAAAUGCUGACUUUACUGAUUGCGUUGAGUACGCUAGUUAUAGAGCCAGUCAGUCAGUCGCUUGUAACGCCGAACCGUAGGCGCACGUAGGAAAUAUAUCUACUGUGUUUCACGUA